AAUAACUCUAUAACCAAAUUCAGUUGCCCUUCUUCCACUGAACCGCUAUGAAAUUCUGGUUUUAUUUUUACUUGGUGUUGAAUAUCUAUGAAGUUUAUUCACAAAAAACACGCUAUGUAAUUCUUUCACGAAACAUGAUUUGUACCUCAUGGUCCAGUAGUGACGUGCAAUGGACGAACUUCCCAUCAAUACCAAAAAAAAAUAUUCUUUACCAAUUACCACCAAGCUAUUUGAAAAGUCAUUCUUUGGAUGCACAUCUCGCUGUGUAUUUUUAUCCACAUCAGUCGUCAAUAUUGUCAUUUGGAGAUGAACCGUUACAUCUUGAAGGCGCAGAAAUCCUCCAAAACAUUUUACCCAUCUACAGUCAUCUAAUCCCCACUAUACAACAAAUGGUUCUUUGGACAAACGAAGCUAUUCCGAAACUCAGACCAGUUCUAGAAGACGUAUCAGAAAAGAACAAAAAACCACAACAAACAGAACUCACUUAUAAACCUCUCCUGAAAAUUAGGUGGCACAUGGAUAAAUCGUUUCAUGAAAUCGUGCCCAAACCAGUGUUAACAAAAUGUGCAAAAAAAACAACUUUCCAUUGUAUUGAUACCCAACUCGAACCAGGAAGAAAAAGAGGAAACGCAAUUAUUUCAUACUCACGAACUGCGAACCCAACAAAUCGCAACAUCAAGUGGAUGGCUGUGGUUAAGCCAAACCAAUCAAAAAUCGAGUUGUUGUAUGGGUCAGAAGUUGUUUUAACUAUCAGAUGGUUCCUGGAUAAAAUUGCAGGGCCAAAGAUUUCCUGGGUUUUGAAGAAAAACGACGCAGUCACAGCACAAAUUCGUUGUUUUGAAACUCGAGAAAAUGGGAAACUUAAACUUAUGUGUAUGGUCGAUCGAAAUGACCCUCCUUUAGACUUGAGCCAGUUUUCGUUUGGGAAAAAUGAGACUUUGGAACCAACUUAUCAAUUGAAAUGGUUCAUAAAUUCGAAGUCGGCGCAAAUUAAGUGGGUUUUGUAUAAAACAUUAAAAAAAACUUUGAAUAAACAACUCAUACACAAUAAAGUUAAUCAGCCAAAUGAUGAGGUUUCGCAUGACGAAAAUGGUUUUGGACAAUUUAUGGAGAAACAUGAGACUUAUCAAGACAUUGGACAAAAUUAUAAUAAACUCGUAGAAACUGAACAAGUGGACACAUCAAAACAUCAGCAAACAGAUUUGGGGAACCACGAGAUUUAUGAAGAAAUAGAACUAGAUGAUAAGGAAUUACUUGGGGAGGCUGCGCAAGGUCAGAACGUUAACGUCGAGACUGAUUCAAAACAUCGGCAAACAGGUAUCGCAUCAUCUGAGGGAGGCUCUUUUGGUUUGUCGAUUGGAGGCUCCCUAAAACUGAAAAAUCCCCUUUCUGGACUUUUAUCAGGUGGUAAAGAAGCUUCCAAAAGUGGUGGCGUCGGCUUAGCAAUUGGAGGAGCUUUGAAAUAUAAUAAAAAUAAAUUUGAAACAAAUCACACCUUGAAAGAGAAUACAAGAAGUAAACUGAAAUCCGGAAGUAAGCGACCAAGAUUACAUCCAGGGGAGAAAUUUGAGAAUUUACCAAUGGCAGUACAAUAUUUUUUAAAGCACCCAAAGCAAUUGGGCCUAAAGUAUAAGUCCCCAUAUGAUAGGGAAUGGUGGGAAAAUAUGAUAGAAAAGUGGCAACCUUAUAUUCCUAAGAAAUGAUAAGUGAAAUACAUAUAUGCUGUUGUAAAGUAUGGGUUUGUGUUAUUUCAUUUUGUUCUAAUAAAAUAAUUGGUAAUAAUUU